CGCUAACAAAAGUCGAGUUGAAAAAGUUGACUCAACUGGAGUGUCUGUACAUAUAAGUACUCAAGAGGAACUCACCAUUUCCAGGUCGCAUGCGUUGCUUCCAAAGACCAAUUUCAACUCUGCUACACCUUCGCGGCACCACCAGGAUAACCCAAUCAACACCAAACCUCAACUUUUAUUCUGGCAACAACAACCCCCAAUUUUACUACAACAUGGCCGAAGCCUCGCUACCCACGGCGAAGACUGAAGCCCUCUACCAAAAAGACGGACACCUCUACUCCCACACCUCCCCCAUCUCCAGCAUUCAGCCACUGUCUUCCCUGCCUCAAAAUGCACAAGGCCUAUUCAAACCCCCUCCAGAAGGCGAACCAUACAUCCUAACAACACCGUCGACAAUCUUCCACGCACAAGGCGGCGGCCAGCCGUCUGACACCGGGACCAUCACGUCCGGCAGUUCGACGUUCAACGUGCAUCAGGUACGCAAAGUAGACCCAGCGAUCCUGCACAUGGGCACAUUUUCUGGCGAGGUAAGAUUCGACGGCAAGGGAGAAGCAGCGGAGCAGAGAAUCGACGUGUCCAAGCGGUCGCUCCACUCGCGCAUCCACACCGCAGGCCACGUCAUCGGCCUCGCCGCCGCCGCCCUCAAAGCAUCCGGCAACCUCGAUCCCUCCGUCGUCGACGGCAAAGCAUCGCAUUACCCCGGCGCCGCGUUCGUCGAGUUCGUAGGCCUGAUCCCUGCCGACAAAAAAGCCGCCAUCCAAGCCAAGGCCGAUGAGCUAGUCGCCCAGGAUCUGGAGGUCAAGAUCCACUUCUGGGAUGAGGAACGGGCGCGGCGGGAGUGUACGGGGGUGUUGGAGAGUUUGAAGAUGGAUGAUGAUGAUGGGGUAAGGGUUGUGGAGAUUGGGGAUGCGGGGAGUUAUCCGUGUGGCGGGACGCAUGUGAAGACGACGAAGGAGUGUGGAAGGGUUGUGAUUAGGAAUAUUAAGAGGCAGAAGGGGAUUACCAAGGUUUCUUAUGAGGUGCAGGAUGCGUAGACGAUUGACAUCUUUCAUAGAAGGUUACCAG